AUGGCCGCCCCCAAUGCCCUCCAGAGAAUGGAGCGCUCCCACUACUCUCCGCCAUGGGCCAACACGAGCAUCAUUGGCGUUGCCGGCAGCUCGGGUUCCGGCAAGACGUCGCUUGCUCUGGCCAUCAUCAAGCAAAUGAGCCUGCCUUGGGUUGUCAUCUUGUCAAUGGACUCGUUCUAUCGUCCCCUCACUCCGGAUCAGAUCCAAGCUGCCCAUCGGAACGAGUAUGAUUUCGACUCGCCCGAUGCCAUCGAUUUCGAUGUUUUGGUUGAAAGACUGAGAGACAUCAAAGAAGGCAAAAAGGCAGAGAUUCCAGUCUACUCCUUCGAGAAGCAUUCUCGUCUGGACAAGACCACCACAAUCUACUCGCCUCACGUGCUCAUCCUCGAGGGUAUCUUUGCCCUCCACGAUCCGCGCGUGCUUGAUCUUCUCGACCUGAGAAUCUUCUGUGAAGCAGAUGGAGACCUCUGCCUUUCACGAAGAAUCGUUCGCGAUAUCAAGGAACGUGGUCGUGACAUUGAAGGCUGCAUCAAGCAGUGGUUUACUUUCGUCAAGCCCAACUUCCACAAGUUUGUGGAACCUCAGCGAAACGUAGCUGAUUGCCUGAUGCUGACUAUCGAGUAUNNAGAUAUCAUCGUGCCUCGCGGCAUCGAGAACAAGGUCGCCAUCGACAUGGUGGCCGACCGCAUCCACAAGACUCUAGAUACAAAGUCCGAGGAGCAUCGAGCAGAGUUGAAGCGUCUGGGCAAAGAAGCCAAGGACCUCCCUCUCUCACAAAACGUCGCCAUUCUUGACGGGCCCUCGCAAAUCACAGGCAUCAACACUUUGCUCAGCAGCGAAAAGACGACGCGCGAGGACUUUGUCUUCUACUUUGAUCGUCUCGCCGCUCUGCUUGUCGAGCGCGCAACCGAGAAUGCAAACUUUGACGCCAUCACCGUCAAGACACCUCCNCCGCACAGUCACUCCUACAAUGGCUUGCGCAUGGAUGGCGAGGUUAGCGCUGUCGUCAUCCUCCGUGGUGGCAGCAUCCUCGAGACUGGUCUUAGACGCGUCAUCCCCGACUGCCGCACCGGACGCAUGCUCAUUCAAACCUCGUAUCGCACAGGCGAGCCCGAGCUCCACUACUUCAAAAUGGCAGGCGAUAUAUCCACGCACAACAAAGUGUUACUCUUGGAUCCGCAAAUGUCUAGCGGUGGUGCUGCGUUGAUGGCCGUUCGCGUGUUGCUGGAUCACGGAGUCGAGGAAAGCAGGAUUGUGUUUGUCACGUAUAUUGCCGGCAAGAGAGGUUUGAAUAGGUUGAUGACCGUCUUUCCUGACAUUCAUGUCGUUGCGUGCAGGGUUGUCGAUGAUUAUGAAGAGAGAUGGGUUGAGAAUAGAUAUAUGGGCUGUUGA